CGGCCCUGCCUUUUGGCCUGGUUCGGAGGGAGCUGUCGUGCGAGGGCUACCCCAUCGACCUGCGCUGUCCGGGGAGCGACGUCAUCAUGAUCGAGAGCGCCAACUACGGCCGGACGGACGACAAGAUCUGCGACGCCGACCCCUUCCAGAUGGAGAACGUCAACUGCUACCUGCCCGACGCCUACAAGAUCAUGACACAAAGGUGCAACAACAGAACCCAGUGCAUCGUGAUCACGGGUUCUGAUGUGUUCCCCGACCCCUGCCCAGGGACCUAUAAGUACCUAGAGGUCCAGUAUGAGUGUGUGCCCUACAUAUUUGUUUGUCCCGGGACGCUGAAAGCGGUGGGCGACACGUCCUUUCUGUACGAAGCAGAGCAGCAGGCCGGAGCCUGGUGCAAAGACCCACUGCAGGCCGGCGACAAGAUCUACUUCAUGCCCUGGACGCCGUACCGCACGGAUACCCUCAUCGAGUACUCCUCCCUGGACGACUUCCAGAACUCGCGGCAGACGGUCACCUACAAGCUGCCGCACCGCGUGGACGGCACGGGCUUCGUGGUGUACGACGGCGCCGUGUUCUUCAACAAGGAGCGCACGCGCAACAUCGUCAAGUUCGACCUGCGCACGCGCAUCAAGAGCGGCGAGGCCAUCAUCAACAACGCCAACUACCACGACACCUCGCCGUACAAGUGGGGCGGCAAGACGGACAUCGACCUGGCGGUGGACGAGAACGGCCUGUGGGUCAUCUACGCCACCGAGCAGAACAACGGCAUGAUGGUGCUCAGCCAGCUCAACCCGUACACGCUGCGCUUCGAGGCCACGUGGGAGACGGCGUACGACAAGCGCUCGGCCUCAAACGCCUUCAUGGUGUGCGGCGUGCUGUACGUGGUGCGCUCCACCUACGAGGACAACGAGAGCGAGGUGAGCAAGAGCCUGAUCGACUACGUUUACAACACCAAGCAGAAGCACGGGGAGUAUGUGGAUAUCCACUUCCCCAACCAGUACCAGUAUAUCGCCGCUGUGGAAUACAACCCCAGAGACAACCAGCUCUAUGUGUGGAAUAAUUUUUACAUCCUGAGGUACAAUCUGGAGUUUGGGCCGCCCGAUCCCGCGCACGUAUUUGUUUGUCCCGGGACGCUGAAAGCGGUGGGCGACACGUCCUUUCUGUACGAAGCAGAGCAGCAGGCCGGAGCCUGGUGCAAAGACCCACUGCAGGCCGGCGACAAGAUCUACUUCAUGCCCUGGACGCCGUACCGCACGGACACCCUCAUCGAGUACUCCUCCCUGGACGACUUCCAGAACUCGCGGCAGACGGUCACCUACAAGCUGCCGCACCGCGUGGACGGCACGGGCUUCGUGGUGUACGACGGCGCCGUGUUCUUCAACAAGGAGCGCACGCGCAACAUCGUCAAGUUCGACCUGCGCACGCGCAUCAAGAGCGGCGAGGCCAUCAUCAACAACGCCAACUACCACGACACCUCGCCGUACAAGUGGGGCGGCAAGACGGACAUCGACCUGGCGGUGGACGAGAACGGCCUGUGGGUCAUCUACGCCACCGAGCAGAACAACGGCAUGAUGGUGCUCAGCCAGCUCAACCCGUACACGCUGCGCUUCGAGGCCACGUGGGAGACGGCGUACGACAAGCGCUCGGCCUCAAACGCCUUCAUGGUGUGCGGCGUGCUGUACGUGGUGCGCUCCACCUACGAGGACAACGAGAGCGAGGUGAGCAAGAGCCUGAUCGACUACGUUUACAACACCAAGCAGAAGCACGGGGAGUAUGUGGAUAUCCACUUCCCCAACCAGUACCAGUAUAUCGCCGCUGUGGAAUACAACCCCAGAGACAACCAGCUCUAUGUGUGGAAUAAUUUUUACAUCCUGAGGUACAAUCUGGAGUUUGGGCCGCCCGAUCCCGCGCACGCUCCGCCCCAAUCAGACAUCACCAUGGCGCCAGCAGCGGCGCUGAGGACUACCACCAGCUCCGCGACGACCGCGGUGCACCGGGGCGGCGGCGGCGGCGGCAACAACAACAACCACACGGGCGGCGGCGGCAACAGCGGCGGCGGCAGUACCGCCAGCGCCUCCACCACGGCCCCGCCCCCCCGGGAGGCCGGCAGGGGAGCGGCGGCCAAGCCCCCCCUCCUGCCUCCUCCCCCGCCUCCCGCCGCCGCCGCGCCCGCCGCCGCCCCGCCCACCCCCUCCCCCCCGCCCCCAGAGUCCUACCCCCUCCUGGAGCGCUUCUGCGACGCCCGGGAGCGGCGGGAGAUCGUGUGGCCCCAGACCCAGAGGGGCAUGGCGGUGGAGAGGCCCUGCCCCAAGGGGACCCGAGGCACAGCCUCCUAUUUAUGCGUGCUGUCCACUGGGGCCUGGCACCCAAAGGGCCCCGACCUCAGCAACUGCACCUCCCACUGGGUCAACCAAGUCGCCCAGAAGAUCCGCAGCGGGGAGAACGCGGCAAACCUGGCCAACGAGCUGGCCAAGCACACCAAGGGCCCCAUCUACGCGGGGGACGUGAGCUCCUCGGUGCGGCUGAUGGAGCAGCUGGUGGACAUCCUGGACGCUCAGCUGCAGGAGCUGCUGCCCAGCGAGAAGGACUCGGCUGGCCGGAGCUUCAACAAGCUUCAAAAACGAGAAAGGACAUGCAGGGCAUACAUGAAGGCGAUAGUAGACACGGUGGAUAACCUUCUACGUCCUGAAGCUCUGAAGUCCUGGCACGACAUGAACAGCACGGAGCAGACUCACGCGGCCACCAUGCUACUGGAUACCUUGGAGGAAGGGGCCUUUGUCCUCGCGGACAAUCUAAUGGAGCCCGCCUUCGUCAAAGUACCGGCCGACAAUAUAAUCCUUGAUGUCUAUGUGCUCAGCACUGACGGGCAGGUGCAGGACUUUAAGUUUCCACAGUUCAGCAAGGAGGGCAUCUCCAUCCAGCUGUCGGCCAACACUGUGAAGCUGAACAGCCGCAAUGGCCUUGCCAAGCUGGUGUUUGUGCUUUACAAGAACCUGGGCCAGUUCCUCAGCACCGAGAACGCCACCAUCAAGAUGGCCAACGACGCGUACGGGCGCAACGCGUCGGUGCGCGUGAACUCGGACAUCAUCGCCGCCUCGAUCAACAAGGAGUCCAGCCGCGUGUUCAUUAACGACCCGGUGAUUUUCACCCUGGAGCACAUUGACGUGGACCGCUACUUCAACUCCAACUGCUCCUUCUGGAACUAUUCAGAGAGGAGCAUGAUGGGAUACUGGUCCACACAAGGCUGUAAGCUGGUGGACUCCAACAGAACACACACCAUCUGCUCCUGCAGCCAUCUCACCAACUUCGCCAUCCUCAUGGCCCACCGGGAAAUCUCAGUUAGCGACGGGGUGCACGAGAUGCUGCUGACCGUGAUCACGCGGGUGGGCAUCGUGGUGUCGCUGGUGUGCCUCACCAUCAGCAUCUUCACCUUCUGCUUCUUCCGUGGCCUGCAGAGCGACCGCAACACCAUACACAAGAACCUCUGCAUCAACCUCUUCAUCGCCGAGCUCAUCUUCCUCAUCGGCAUCGACAUGACCGAGCCCAGGAUCGGGUGCUCCAUCAUCGCGGGCAUCCUCCACUUCUUCUUCCUGGCCUCCUUCUCCUGGAUGUGUCUGGAGGGCGUCCAGCUCUACUUGAUGCUGGUGGAGGUGUUCGAGAGCGAGUACUCCCGCAAGAAGUACUACUACGUCUCGGGCUACCUUCUCCCCGCCAUCGUGGUGGGCGUGGCCGCGGCCAUCGACUACAGGAGCUACGGCACCAAGAAAGCGUGCUGGCUGAGAGUGGACAAUUACUUCAUAUGGAGUUUUAUAGGACCUGUAACCUGCAUAAUUAUGCUUAAUCUCAUCUUCCUGGUCAUCACAAUGUACAAGAUGGUGAAGCACUCCACUACCCUGAAACCUGACUCCAGCCGCCUGGAAAAUAUAAAGUCGUGGGUGAUGGGUGCCUUCGCGCUGCUCUGCCUGCUGGGCCUUACCUGGUCCUUCGGCCUCUUCUUCAUCAGCGACACCUCGGUGGUCAUGGCCUACCUCUUCACCAUCUUCAACACCUUCCAGGGCAUGUUCAUCUUCAUCUUCCACUGCCUCCUGCAGAAAAAGGUUCGCAAAGAGUACGGCAAGUGUUUCCGCCAGACGUACUGCUGCGGCGGCCUGCCCACCGAGAGCUCCCACAGCUCUGCCAAAACCUCCACCACCCGGACCAGCGCCCGCUACUCCUCCGGAACCCAGAGUCGUAUCAGGAGAAUGUGGAAUGACACCGUAAGAAAGCAAUCCGAGUCCUCCUUUAUCUCAGGUGACAUCAACAGCACCUCUACCCUUAACCAAGUGACCUACAGAGAGACAACUACUCUUAGACCAGAUAGCCUGAGCAGACAGACAUGAUGGCACUCAAUGAACAAUGUGGUGAGGGAUACAAGUGCAAUGGAUACACUACCGCUAAAUGGUAAC